UUCUGAUGAAACAAACAUCAGUCCACGCCUCAGUCGGUAAUUCACGCUGUUUGCUUCACCUGUCGACAGCAGAUCUGGGUGCAGCCUGCUAUAAAAAGCCUGUCAUCACCAGUCAAGCCGACAUUGUGCUUUUGUAUUUGACAUCAUCGACGAGCUUUGGUUUAUUUUUGUCCUUUGGUGUGCUACCUGAGGUGGAUGUAUCGCCAGGUGCUCGUGCUCGCGGUGUUUGCCGCUUGUCUAAGCGGUUUUCCAGCAUCAUGCGCUCGUAAUUUAAAUUACAGACCGAUUAUUGGUAUUUUAGCCCAGGAGAACUUGGAGGAGGACCCUCAUGCCCAGGGCACUUCUUAUAUAGCUGCGUCAUAUGUCAAACACCUGGAGUCGGCUGGGGCCAGGGUUGUACCCAUCCGCAUAAAUCGCACAGAGGAGGAGUAUGAAAAACUAUUCAGUGCAAUAAAUGGUUUGUUGCUUCCUGGAGGAAAUGUGGACAUCGAGACAUCUCAGUUUACCAGAGCGUCCAGGAUUUUCUAUGAACUUGCAUUAAAGGCUAACGAUGCUUCGGAUUAUUUCCCGAUCUGGGGCACGUGUCAGGGCUUCCAGCAGCUCACUGUUCUGACCAGCAAUAAAAACUUGUUGACUUUGACGAACACCAAAGCAGUCGCUCUGCCGUUGACAUUCAGCCCAGGAGCCCAGAACAGCAGGUUGUUCAAGAAAUUUCCUAAAGAUGUUCUUCAGUCUCUGGCAGAAGAAAACAUCACGUCUAAUUUCCACAGCUGGAGCUUGUCCACACAGAAUUACAGCGCCAAUCCCAAACUGAAGCGUUUCUACAGAGUCCUGACCACUAAUACUGACGGCAGGAAGGAGUUCAUUUCCACCAUGGAGGCGAAUCGAUAUCCCUUCUAUGCUGUGCAGUGGCACCCUGAGAAGAGUCCAUUUGAGUGGAUUGAGAAAUCCGGUAUGGUCCACACGCUCUCAGCCAUCAAAGCCACCUUCUACACAGCCCACUUCUUCAUUUCUGAAGCAAUGAAAAACCGUCAUCAAUUUCCGUCACAGAUUGAAGAAGAAAAAGCUCUGAUCUACAACUAUCAACCCGUCUACAAUGGCCUGAACAGCAUCUUCCUGCAAAAUUACUACUUCGAUUAAAUGUCAAGUAAGGGGGAUUGAGUCCAUCAUGGGUUGAAAAGUUAAAUUUUUAGUUUAAAGUUUUUAAUUUGUUCUCAAAGUUGCCACAACUUAAUGUUUGGAAUGCCGAUUUUUAAUGUUCAUGUCUCUCGUUCACUCCUAUAUCAUUGAUUGUAGAUUCUUGAGCAUCAGUCUCGCACUUAAUUCCUGGAGGCCUGCAGCUCUGAUUAUUUGGAUCAGCUGUGUUUGAUUAGGGUUGGAGCAAAACUGUGCAAGGUAUUCAAGACUAAGCAGGUGUGAGGUGGAGUUAAAUUAUGCAGAGCUGCGGCCCGCCAGGAACUGAGUUUGAGACCAUUGUCCUAGAUGUAAACGUGGUGUUCUAGAAUCAAGACUGAAUGUAUUUGUGCGUUUAUAUCAAUCCAGAAGUCACAUGAUAUUCCAGUGCCAUCGUUCAGAUAUUAAACUAGAUCUCUUACAGGGUUAAAAUAGCAUGACCAAUGCAAUGUUAAAAUGUCCUAUUUCUCUGUAAAUUUGAAGGAAAAUUAAAAAUUUAGAUUUAAA